UUUUGAAGGAUCAUUCCCGCUGGUCGCUUUUGUGUCGUUUGCCAUCGCGUCUGAUGCGAGUGUUUGAUUCCACUUUCUAAUUUGUUGCGAUUUUUGUGCUAAUUCGCACAUUCACCAUACCGAUUUGUUACAACAUAACAGGCGAAAAUGUCCUUCAUUGCGAAAUCGUUGAUCCGUAACAUUCCACAGCUGGUGAAAGCACCCAAGAUCCAGAAAAGUUUUAUUCAUACCGCGCGAUCUCUAUGUGUUGCCCAGGUCCAAAAACCGGCACCGGCAUUCAGCGGCACGGCCGUUGUCAAUAACGAUUUCAAAGACAUCAAGCUGGAUGACUUCAAGGGAAAGUACUUAGUGCUGUUCUUUUAUCCAUUGGAUUUCACCUUCGUCUGCCCGACCGAGAUCAUUGCGUUCAGCGAUCGGAUCCAGGAGUUCCGCGCUCUCAACACCGAAGUGGUGGGCGUUUCGGUUGACUCUCACUUUUCGCAUUUAGCCUGGGUCAACACACCUCGCAAGCAGGGCGGUCUGGGAAAGAUGGAUUACCCUCUGUUGUCUGACUUGACCAAAAAAGUUUCCGCCGACUAUGGCGUUCUGCUGGAAGAGGCCGGUAUCUCGCUGCGAGGUUUGUUCAUUAUCGACCCGAAAGGCGUCGUCAGGCAAAUUACGAUCAAUGAUCUGCCCGUGGGUCGGUCCGUUGAUGAAACGCUGCGACUGAUCAAGGCUUUCCAGUUCGUGGAAAAGCAUGGUGAGGUAUGCCCUGCCAAUUGGGAUCCGAAGUCUAACGCUGAUACGAUUAAGCCUGAUCCCAAAGGAUCUCAGACUUACUUCAACAAGCAUGGAUAGAUUAAUUGCUUUUAUAUUUCGUUUAGAAUUCCAUUGAAAAGCUCCAUUACAAUGUUACUAAUUAAAUAAAA